AGAUUGCGGAAGUAAAGCAACACGGAAGUGUUAUUUCCAGUUAAUAGCCACUCGAGUGGUCGAUUCAGUCUCGAUAAAAAGAUGGAAUUUGGUGAUGAUCUACACGAAGAAGGUUAUUUAGAAAAACAGGGGAAAUUGAAAUUUUCCUGGAAAAAGUAUUGGUUUGUUCUGAGGAGAGAUAAACUGCACUAUUACAAAGAUCCACAAAACAGGAAUGAUGCACAUGCUGGUCUUAUUGAUGUGUGUAGAGCACAGUCUGUGAGGAGGUGCUUCCAAGUACACCAUGGGCAUGCCUUUGAAAUUGUUACAAAAAACAGGAUGCACUUGCUGUCUGCAGACACAGCAAAGGCAUGUGAUGUUUGGGUGAAAAAACUUCAGCAAGCUAUGCAGUAUGAAAGACGUAACAGUGUACGCCUUAGUCACGCUCAUUUGGAGCCACAACCAUCAUUUUCCGAGAUAAGUGAUGAUGAGAAUGAGCAACCUCCAGAUUCUUAUGAAACAGUUCCUAAUUCGGCCACCAGUGACUACGAAGUAUUUAAGGACAGUAACAAUUCUUCUUCUACAAGUGACAGAAAUACAGAAACGCCCAAAAGUCCACCUGUCAUCACUUCACAUUCCCCAGGUGUUGCCCCACCUGUUCCAAAGCAGAGGACAAAAUCUUUAAAAUCUCCCGGGCCGGUCAGUCCAGCCCUGCCGGUUAGUCCAGCCCCGCCAUUGUUGUCUGCAGAGGGUGAAUACUACCAAGUGGAAGAAUCAUCAACAAGGACAAAGAUGAAGAAGGGUAAUGGAGAAGAUUUAUCUGCUGGGGCUUAUGAAAUAGUUGGUGCUUAUGAAUCCAUUGGGGAACUUGCUGAGAAGAAGCAGGAAGUUAGUCAACAACACAAACAAGAGGAGGAAGAAGAAGAACUGUAUGCUACUUGUGAAGACCCAGUAAUCCCCAGUCCAGCCACUGAUGAAGACAUUCCAAAAGAAACGCCUCCAUAUGCCAAAGUAAACAAGAAAAUGACUGGUGAAUCAGUCAGUGAAAGUCCACAGACAGUGAAUAAGGAUGCUGAAAGCAUUGCACAGAUUAACAGUAUGGUGAACGACACAGGAAAUGAUGCAAUGCAGGAGGUUAGCAAUAAGAAGCAACAAAAGCUACAGAAACAGGAAUCAUCAGAUGAGUUUAAAUGGAUGAAUUUUGACUUUCCACCCAUUCCAGAAGAUCCACAUCCAAUCGUUGAAUAUGCAGAGUCUUUUAAAGAGUUGUCAUACUAUCUGCAAAACAACUUCAAGAAAUCUGAAGGUUCAGUGUCACUUAGGAAGAGUGAGAAAGGAGGUGUUUCAGUUCAGAAAAUGAGAAAUUCUCUCAGUGAUGAGGAAGAUGAGCAGCUUGCUCCUUGAUUUGUACUUGUGUAUUAUUCAAACUUUUUCCCCAUGAAGAUGUAAAAACAAUUUUGUUUUAUUGUAGUUGGUUAUGGGAGGAAUAUGCAUUUACCACCAUCUUAAUUACAUUUUGAGCUUUUUGAUUCUUUUUGAUUUGUUCUUUUUUCAUUACACUUGUUCUGUUGUUGUUAUUAUUACUUUUUUCUGCCCCCUUUGUCAUUUUUGUUAUCUGCAGUAUAGAAUACUGAAAGGGGUGGCUGUUCAGCAAUUGUUGCAUUUAUAUUGUGUAAAGAUGCAUUUUAGAUUUCAUUGUGCAGAUACAUUUAUAUUGCCCAGAUUGUAAAACUGUAAAUGAAUAUGACAAAUAUCUUUCUAUUCUUUGUCUCACCUUUCAGCAUUUUGUAACCAUGGCUCUUCACUGUUUAUAUUGUUAUCACAGAUUUCUUUGUAUAUUAAUCAGUUUAAAAAUGCAUUUCAUUGCCAUAGUGAGUCUUUGAACUUCUACAGUAUCCAGAUUGUUACAUUUCUAUUUGUGCAUAAUUUUGACAUUCUUUACUUGUAUUAAGUAGAGAUGGUUGACCCUUUUGCUUGCCAACAUGUAUUCCACCUUCUGACAACUGAUAAUUAGUCAUUUCAUACACGUAUGUGUGUGUGUGCUGGAUAUUGUGUUUUUAUGUUAUGAACUCCAAUUUCAGAUCUUGCCAGUAUGCACUUUAUAUUUGAAACAUUUUUUUUCAAACAGAAAAUCCAUUCCAGAAAUACUGGUCUGAAAUCAGAACUGUUGGAGUUUUAAAAGUAAACUUUUAGAAAUUUACCAAACUUCUUUGAUUCUUAGAAAGAGUGAAGAAGCCUGAAUCAUUGAUUUGAUGCAUUUUUUAAGAUUUCAUUCAAACUGGCACUUCUUCCAUGAAAAGUGUUAAACAAUGUGACACUAACAAAUGAGUAUUUGAUUUGAAAUAAAAGUUUUAUUACACUUUUUA